AUGCCGCGGCCAAGAAAACGUCAGUUAUUCAACUUCAACCAAGAAUCUAGAGAAGGAAACAACAACGCUGAUCCAGCUAAAGUCCCUCGCCUUUCUUUGGUUUUACAUGAACGGGAUUCAACUUCAAUAAAUUGCCAGUCUUCAUUGAAUCACCAGCCUUCAACUACAAUAAAUUGCCAGUCUUCAUUGAAUCAUCAGCCUUCAACUUCAAUAAAUUGCCAGUCUCCAGUGAAUCACCAGCCCUCAUUUUCAAUAAAUUGCCAGUCUCCAGUGAAUCACCAGUCUUCAACUUCAAUAAAUUGCCAGUCUUCAGUGAAUCAUCAGUCUUCAACUUCAAUAAAUUGCCAGUCUCCAGUGAAUAACCAGUCUUCAACUUCAAUGAAUUGCCAGUCUCCAGUGAAUCAUCAGUCUUCAACUUUAAUAAAUUGCCAGUCUUCAUUAAAUCACCAGCCUUCAACUUCAAUGAAUUGCCAGUCUCCAGUGAAUCACCAGUCUUCAACUUUAAUAAAUUGCCAGUCUUCAUUAAAUCACCAGUCUUCAACUUCAAUAAAUUGCCAGUCUCCAGUGAAUCACCAGCCUUCAAAUACGACAAAUCUCAGAGAAGCUUCAACUAGAGCAAAUGCAGUUAUUAGAAAUAUCGUCAAACUAGAAAAUUCUGAGAAGCGUUUAAGGAAACUUGAGGAUCUGCGACUUCGAGCUUCACGACGACUUAAAGUGGAAACUUGCACACAGUAUUCUCAGAGACUUGAAGAUCUGCGGCAGAGAGCUUCACAUCGACUUCAAGCGGAAACUUGCACACAGUAUUCUCAGAGACUUGAGGAUCUGCGACAGAGAGCUUCACAGCGACUUCAAGCGGAAACUUGCACACAAUAUUCUCAGCGACUUGAGGAUUUGCGACAGAGAGCUUCACAGCGACUUCAAGCGGAAACAUGCGCACAAUAUUCUCAGCGUCUUGAGGAUCUGCGACAGACAGCUUCACAGCGACUUCAAGCAGAAACAUGCGCACAAUAUUCUCAGCGACUUGACGACAUGCGACAACGAACUUCAAGACGAUAUGUAAAUGAAACUCCCAUAGAAUAUUCUAAGCGACUUGACGACUUGCGACGAAGAGCUUCACAGCGACUGGAAACUGAGUCUCCAACAGAAUAUUCCAAACGACUUUAUGACAUGCAAAAUCGUGCUUUACAACGAACAAAUAAUGAAACGCCUACUCAACGAAAUGAGAGACUUGAAGAAAUGCGACAGCAAGCAGCCAUAAGAUUAUCUGAAGAAACCCACGAACAACGCAUCGAGAGACUUGAAGAAAUGAGACAAGGGGCAGCCAUAAGAUUAUCUAAAGAAACCCACGAACAACGAAAUGAGAGACUUGAAGAAAUGCGACAGCAAGCAGCCAUAAGAUUAUCUGAAGAAACCCACGAACAACGCAUCGAGAGACUUGAAGAAAUGAGACAAGGGGCAGCCAUAAGAUUAUCUGAAGAAACCGACGAACAACGCAAUGAGAGACUUGAAGAAAUGAGACAGCGGGCAACACUAAGGUUAUCUGCAGAAACGAAGAUAAAAGAGGACCAACGUUUGGAGGAACAAAGACGGCGUGACGCAAGACGAAGAGCAGCCUUGGAGAAAACUAAAGUACAAACGUACAAGAGCGCAGUGAACUCAAGUGUUAACUAUAGAUCAUUGGGCCCCUUUACAAUUACAUGCAUACAUUGCCAGGCGAUACAUUUUCCAGAGGAAAGAGUUGGCAACAAAGUUAACAGAGACUCCUUCGGGGACUGCUGUUUACAUGGUCGAAUUUCCCUGGAAGCUCCUAUCUUUCCAAAUGAAUUAAUUAUUUUGUUUUUAGGUCAGCACCCUUUGGCACAGGAAUUUCAUAAGAAGAUACGAAAUUUAAAUGCAUUGGCAUCAUUUAAUGUGGAUGACGACAGGACAAUUAAUAGCCACGGCAUUUAUAGUUUCAUCGCAGCAGGGAUGAUUUAUCAUAAAAUAAAUUUGGCUGUUCAUCCAACACAAAAUCCAAAUGGUGACUACGAAAGACCACAAUAUGGUCAGCUCUACUUUCUGGAUCCCGACGAUGCUGUGAAUGAAAGAAUUCAUCAUCCAUACAAUAGUGACAUCAACCAAGACUUAAUGAAUAGAUUGGAGAAAAUCAUACGCGCCGUCAAUUGUUUCGCUCAGGCAUUUAAAAUGAUGAGAGAAGUGGAGACAGAAACUAGACAACUUGCAUCAGCAAACGGAAUAGCACCUCCACAUGUUCGACUUUUGUUUACUAAUCCUGAUGGUUUUGAUAUCAGGCGCUACAAUGUCCCCUCAUCCAAUGAAGUAUGUGCUGUGCUGACACUGAAUGCUGAUCAAAGCAUUCCAGCUAAUGAAAUGGUUGUACAUCAGCGAGGCAAAGAAAUAGUUACUUUAAAGAACACAGACAAACGAACAGAGCCCUUCACAUAUCCAUUAUUUUAUCCUAAAGGCACCUUUGGAUAUUCUGUGGAUCUAAAGCUACAACAGCCUUAUCCCAGUCGGCAGCAUCUAACAAGACUGGAAAUGGCACAAUACCGUAUUGCUUAUCGCAAAGGACUCACCAAAAAUCUCCCACUUGAAAAAGAUCGAAGCGAUCUUGAUCUACGUGAAACACAAUUCAACGCACUACAUUUUGGUGGCCGACUGUUUCAGCAGUAUCUGGUUGACACAUUUAUUAGAGUCGAACGCGAUCGCAUCCAGUGGAUCAAGUCCAACCAAAAGAAGAUUCUGGCUGAAAAAUACAUAGGAGUGUCUAACUUUCUUAAAGAACUGGCUGAAAAGAAAGAUGCUGUUGUUGGUGAAACCAUCAUUUUACCAUCCUCCUUCCCAGGCUCAACACGAUACUAUGCUGAACAAUUUGAAGACGCCAUGGCUAUAGUACGACGCUUCGGUUCACCAGACUUCUUUAUGACCAUGACAUGUAAUCCGGAAUGGCCUGAAAUAAAAGAAGCUGCCCGUAUUGUUACCGAGGAAGGGUUUGUUAUUCAGCAGCGAGCUCAAGAUCGUCCUGAUCUCGUUGCGAGAGUAGCAAAGCUGAAGUUUGAAACCAUUAUUGAGGAAUUGUACAAGAAACAAAUCUUUGGGAAAGUAGCAGCCUAUGUUUAUACUAUUGAAUUUCAAAAGCGUGGUCUCCCUCACAUGCAUCUUUUACUAAUUAUGAGAUCGGAAGACAAAGUGCACAAUCCUGAUGAGCUAGAUGAUUUAAUUUCUGCUGAGAUCCCAGACAACACAGAUCCUGAGUUGCGAGAACUGGUAUUGAAAUGGAUGAUCCAUAAUCCUUGCGGUGAACAUGACUUAUAUGCGUCAUGCAUGAAAAACCACAAUGGAAAAAUUCACUGCCGUUUCGAUUUCCCCAAACCUUUUCAAGAAACAACAUCACUGGUUGACGACGAAAAACCAAAAUUAAGACGUCGGUAUGAUUCCAGACUGGACCAGCAGAGCCCUGAAUUUUCUCACGAACUAGCUGUCUACCGAAAAGACAAGUCUGGUAGAAGAAUAACCAGAGACAACCGCCACGUGGCUCCUUACAAUGCAUAUUUGCUGAAACUUUUCAAUUGCCACAUAAACGUUGAAUUUGUUGGAAGCAUUAGAGCAGUGAAAUAUUUAUACAAAUAUAUUUACAAAAGACAUGACUGCGCCUAUAUUAAAAUUGUGGAGGAGCAAAAAAGAAUAAAUUAUAAUGAACCAGACACAUACAUUGAAGGGCGGUGCAUCACACCACCGGAGGCUUGCUGGCGUUUAUCUGGAAAUGAACUCCAAAAGAAGAGCCAUGUAGUGCAACGUCUUGACAUUCAUCUUCCUGGUCACUACCGAAUGUCAGACAUUGUGAAUGUGCAAGAAGAUCUGGCGGAUACUGGCAUUAAGGGAUCCACAUUGGAGUCUUAUUUCAAAACCAAUGCUACCAAGAAGCAAAAAGAAGAAGCUAACCGCCUUGCUGGAAAAGAUGAAGAAAUUAUUUACCAUUUUUAUUGGCAGAUGCCCGAGCAUUUUAAAUGGAUAGGAAGGCAAAGUGAAUGGGUUGAGAGGCUUCGACAAAUCAAUGUUAUUGGUCGUAUCCACAGCGUUAAUUUUGUUGCCCAGCCAGAGUUAUACCAUCUCAGGAUGCUUUUGUACCACGUCAAUGACGCUACAAGUUUUGACGAACUUCUUAAAUUUAAUGGUAUCAGGCAUGCCACGUUCAAGCAAGCGUGUCUGGCUCGAGGGCUUGCCUAUGAUGACCAACAGUGGAUCGAUGGUCUGCAGGAAUCGGCUAUGUCAAAAACGCCUAGAGCCAUGAGAACACUAUUUACACAGAUUUUAAUAUUUGGAUCUCCAGAAAAUCCAAAAAGACUUUGGGAAAUGUUCAAAGCAGAUCUGGCUGAAGAUUUUCUUCUAGAAAUAGGACACACAGGUGGCCGAGUGGAAGACGCGAUAAAUCAUACCUAUCGAAUUAUCGCCUCCAAAUUAAAUACCGAAGCCACAGAAGGCAGAGAUUUUCAGUACUGGGUCAACACCUUUGGCAUGGACAACAUUGACUUUGUCAAUAACCAUUUAAAUGUGGAUAUGCUUAACAACGACAGCUCAAUACUGGAAGGGGAACGGUUGUAUGGACUCCUGAAAGGGAAACAGCUUGACAUAGUGAAUACCAUUCUCGAUGCUGUCACAAGUCAUAACUCUGGACCAAGAUGUUUUUUUAUUGAUGGACCUGGAGGUACUGGAAAAACGUUUGUGUACAAGACUAUUUAUCACAUUCUUCGGGGUCGAAAUUUCAAUGUGAAAUGUAUGGCAUUUACAGGAAUAGCAUCAAUUCUUUUGCCUAAUGGACGCACCUCACACAAAACAUUUGGCCUCAGUGUGCCCCUUACACCUGAAUCAGUUUCAAACAUAAAGCUAGGAUCAAUGAAAGCUGCUCAGUUAGCGGAAGUUGAUGUAUUUUUAAUGGAUGAGGCCCCAAUGCUGCCAAAAUACGGACUUUCUACCAUAGACUAG